AUGCCGCCGAGACGCCAUAACCGUCAACCCACACCUCCGCCUUCGAGCGAGGAGAGUGUGACGCAGUCAAUUCAGACACCGCCGCCUCCCCCACCCCCGGUUAAUCGGGAAAUAGUGAAGCUGUUCUUGGAACAGAAACCACCUGUUUUUGAUGGACUUGGAGAACCAGCCAAGGCCGAAUCAUGGAUCCGCGCGAUAGAGCGUAUCUUCGCAAUCUUGGGAUGCAAUGAUAGGGAACGGAUGAGUUGCGUUACUCACCAACUAAUCGAAGCAGCCGACUUUUGGUGGGAUACUAGAACGAAGACCUUGACGCGAGAUCAAGUAGAAGCAAUGACGUGGGAAGAUUUCAAGACUGAAUUGUACAACAAGUAUGUGCCGAAGAGCUACCGGAAAGCGAAGGCAUCCGAGUUCCACAAUCUGACUCAAGGACGCAUGACUGUGACCGAGUACGAUCGAGCGCUCAACAGCAUGACCCGAUACGCCCCUGAUCAAGUCGACACUGACGAGAAGUUGUUCGACAAGUUCGGUGAGGGACUAAGGUCCGAGAUAAAGAUGUCGUUGGCCAGUCGAGGGAGACUCACCUACGCUAAAGCUUUGGCACUCGCAUUAGAUAUUGAAGCCGCAAUGCCUAGAGAGAGAAAAAAGGAGAACUCUACACCGUCCCUGCCCCCAUCACAUCACUCCCGGGAAAAGAGAAAGUGGGAGGAUUCUAGGAAUUUCUACGAUGGGAAGCGACACCAGUCGAAUCAGCAUCGAUCCCAGCACGGAGGAGGGCAACAUACGUCUAGCCAGAGAGGAGAGUAUCGACCCAGGGCACCGCAGUGCAAUGUGUGCUCUAAGUACCAUUUCGGAGAAUGCCGAUAUCAGAACGUCGUCAAGUGCUACACCUGCGGAGGAAACGGCCACUACUCUAGGGAGUGUGCGAAUAACAAGGUAGGAUCGGGAUCAAGGCAGAACGAUCAAGGAUCCCGUCAGCAAUUGAGGGCGCCGCAAAGUGAACCACGAGGAAAUCGCGACCAAUCGUCGCGGCAGCAACAACCUCACCGCCCAAGACUUCCUCCACAAGCUAGAGCGUUCGCGUUGGAGCAAAAGAAGCCGAAGAAAGAACAAGAUGAACGCGAGAAAGGAAAUUUGACAGGUAUGGGCGAAAUUCUCAACACCCCUGUUGUUGUGUUGUUUGAUACGGGCGCGUCGCACUCGUUUAUAUCUGAAUUAUGUGUGCACACUUUGGGCUUGCCUACUAGCGAAUCUGAACAUAGAAUGAUGGUGUCCUCACCAGUAGGAGGAAUGAUAGAAAUAUCUAGAACGUGCUCGAACAUAGAAAUUGUUAUGGGAGAACUUAAGUUAGUCGCUCACGACUUGCAAAUUAUGGCGAUGAGAGAUACCGACGUGAUCCUAGGAAUGGACUGGUUGGCCGCGAAUUUCGCGACGAUUCGAUGUAAGGAGAGGCAAAUAUCCCUACAAGCUCCGGGAAAAGAACCUAUCGUGUAUCAUGGCAUCUCGAGGAACCGACGAACCGCGAUGAUGAGAAAGGGGCGAUCUGCCUAUCUCGUCUAUCUUCACGGCGAUGAGAAUGAUGGAAGAAGAGUGGAAGACGUCGCUGUUGUACGGGAAUUUCCAGAUGUUUUCCCCAAAGUAUUACCUGGACCACCGCCAGAUCGACAAUUGGAGUUCACCAUCGAUCUCGAGCCGGGAGCCGCACCUGUAUCUAAGGCACCGUAUCGAAUGGCGCCUAAGGAAUUGAAGGAACUCAAGAUACAACUCCAAGAGCUCAUGGACCUAGGUUUUGUUAGGCCUAGUGUUUCACCGUGGGGCGCACCAGUUCUUUUCGUAAAAAAAGAAGGAUGGAUCGAUGAGGAUGUGCAUCGACUAUAG